AUGCGCCCCUCAAUCUCAGCUCUCCGCGGCCCCGUCGCCCGCCGCUGCUUCGGCACCACGACUCGUCUCGCCGCGUCGGAGAACGGGACCGGCGCCGCGGUCAAUCCGCGCUGGUUCUCGGAGCUACAGGCGCGCAUUAAGCGUGUUGCCGGUCUUAAGCUUGACAGCGCCCAAAAGGAGGAGCUGAAGGGGCUGCGGGAGGCUGUUGACGGGCAGUGGCUUGAGCUGCUUGCUGGCCGCGAGGGAUUCCUCACCGGGCCUGGGUGGAGGGGCUUGGAUAAGCAUACCGUUACCUGGGGAGAUCAGGAUGCAAUGGGUACGCUCAAAUCGCGCGGUCAUGUGAACAACGUCGUCUACAACAAAUACGCCGAGUCCGCACGAGUAAACUGGCUGCGCAACUUCGCGACGACAGUGGACCCCGAGAACGCGGAUGAAUGGAACCAGCUCAUGUCGCCCAAGGACAUUGGCCUGAUCAUGAGGAGCAUCAAGACGGAUUACAAGUUUCCAAUGGCCUACCCGGACAACGUCACCGUCCUGCACAAGCUCGCCGCCAAGCCGACCUACGAGUCGGACUUCGUCCUCCUGGAGGCCCUGCUGGUCUCCGAACGCCACCGCCGGCCCGCGGCGCGCUGCUUCGAGGACAUUGUCGUGUACGACUACAAGACCGCUAAGCGCACCGCUCUGAAGCCGUUCAUGGUUGACAGGCUGCGCGAGACGUACGAGGCGCAGGAGAGGAGCAAGCAGGAGUGCGAGGAGAAGAUCGAGGGGCUGGUGAAGGUUGUCGAGAGGCUUGAGAAAUCUGCGUGA